AUGCAAUUCAGCUCGGCCGCCGCCGCGGGAACCGGGCGCGUCGCGCUCGGCGCUCUCGUCGCCGCGAUCUUCUGCUGCGUCCUCGCGUUCCUGCGCUCGCGCGCCGACCCGGACCCGGGCGCCAAGGCCUCGGCCCUCGAGGCGCCGCUCCUUUCCGAAGAGCCGCGGGCCUCGGACGCGCCCGACUUUGCGUUCCUCGACGCGAUCCGCACGAAGGACUUUUGCAUCCUCUUCGUCGCCUUCGUCUGCUCCUCGGGCCCGGGCCUCAUCCUCAUCAACAACCUGGGCCAGAUCGUGCCCGCGGUUCCCAGCCUGCCCGAGGGCACGGAGGACGCGUUCGUGAGUAUCCUGAGCGUCUGCAACUGCCUCGGCAGGCUCAGCGCCGGCGCCCUGGGCGACCACUUGCUCGCGGCGCGGGGCGCGCCGCGGCCCGCGACGCUCGCCUUUUUCUGCGCCCUGACGGCGGCGGCCAUGGGACUUCUCGCGAUCGGCACGCCCGCGUCUUUGUACGGCGCGGUGGUCGUCGGCGGCUACGCCUACGGAGGAUUGAACGGCGGCAUCGUGCCGUGUUAUUCCGAGAUAUGGGGCUUCGCGUCCUUCGCAUCACUUUACAGCGCGGGCUCUCUGGCGGAAGGCGCCGCCUCCUACCUCAUGGCCACGCUCCUCUUCGGCUCGCUCUACCAGAGAGAGAUCAAAAGCCAGGGCCUCGCGGCGUCGGCGACGUGCGUCGGCCGCGGGUGCUUCCUCAACGCCGCGCUCGUCGCCGCCGCGCUCGCGGCCUUUGCGACGUUGCUCUGCGUCGUGCUCGCCGUCCGGUCCCGCGCGCGCUACGCCGCGCUCUAUCCGCAAUUCUUCCGCAACUUGAACGGCGCGAUCCAGUAA